CAUCCACCAAGUCGUAAUACUAACCUUUCAUAUUAUUUACUCAAGUUAGUUUUUUACAUGCGAUUGUUUUAUUGUAAUAUAAUCAAACAGUAAAAAUCUACCGGGCACAUGUUUUGUUCAGUUAAUUUUUUUGUACACACUCCAUCAAUAAACACACAACGUUUGAAUUUUCGACGUGCGGAUACAUUGCCGUUGCUUAUAAUUAUUUCAAAGUUCCUGUAGCGAGAAAAAAACCAAGAAUCCAAAGUAAAAUGGACAAUGAUUACUACACAACCACAAUCAAAUUAGAAGAAGAUAGUUCGUCGAUAGAGGAGCUUACCAAUGUUUCUGAUAAAAGAACUAAUCUAAAUAACACUAAAAAAUCAUACAAGUGUAGUCCGAUGACCACCAUAGAACCUCAAAAAACAAUCAGUGAAGAUGCGUACAAUGUCGGAGAAACGUGCAACGGUACAAUUGUUAAAGUUGAAGUAGACUUUGAAAAUGGACAUUGUUUUGAGUCUGUUAUUGAAUUUGAAAAGUAUAAUGUUUGUGAUGUUCAAUCGACGAGCCAUGAUUUAGAAGAAUUACGUACAUUUGUCUGUGAUGUAUGUAGUAUGUCGUUUGCUACCAAAAGAAGAGUGGCCCGACAUAUAACUCAAUCGCAUAGUGUACAAAAUUUGAAUGGAAAACGAGUUAUCCAAAAUAAAUUCAGUCACAAUGAUACGAGUUAUAAAGCGACUAAAAAAAUUGAUGGUUGUAAUUUUGAAUCACGGAUUGGAACACUUUACAAACGUAAAAAGCCCUUCAAAUGUACGGUGUGUUUAAAGUCAUUCGCUCUAAACUCCAAUCUCACAAAACAUCAACUCGUGCACACCGGGGAAAAGCCCUUCAGAUGUACGGUGUGCUUGACAUCAUUCUCUCAAAAAUCCAGUCUCACAAAACAUCAACUCGUGCACACCGGGGAAAAGCCCUACAGAUGUACGGUGUGCCUGAUGUCUUUUUCUGAAAAAUGUAAUCUUACAAAACACGAACGCGUACAUACUGGAGAAAAACCCUACAAAUGUACGGUGUGUUUGAAGUCAUUUGUUACAAAAAGCCAACUUGCUGCCCACCAACGCGUGCACACUGGCGAAAAGCCCUACAGAUGUACGGUGUGCCUGAUGUCUUUUUCUGUAAAAUGUAAUCUUACAAAUCACGAACGCGUACACACUGGAGAAAAGCCCUUCAGAUGUACGGUGUGCUUGACAUCAUUCUCUCAAAAAUCCAAUCUCACAAAACAUCAACUCGUGCACACCGGGGAAAAGCCCUACAGAUGUACGGUGUGCCUGAUGUCUUUUUCUGUAAAAGGUUCUCUUACAAAACACGAACGCGUGCACACUGGCGAAAAGCCCUACAGAUGUGAUUUUUGUUUAAAAACGUUCUCUCGAGCGACCAACCUUAAUAAACACAAACGACUACACACUAAUGGGUGAAGUGUGUAUGAAAUAUUUUUCUUAAAAAACUCCCCUGGUACAACACAGAGCGGCGCAUACCUGUAAGAAGCUCGGUCAAAAUUGUUUGUAUGUUUUUUUCGAUUUACUUUUUAAUUAUCAGUUUGUAAAAAAAUAGAGUAAAGUACGGUUACUGCAACUUAAUAGGGCAUCUGAUUAUACAAGUUAAUUAAAAACAUAACUAAAAAAAAUAUGUUUAUUUUUCUUUUAUUGAUCUAUUUAGAGUCGGGCCAGAAAAAAUGUAUAUUUUGACUACAAUACUUAAUUGUUUUAUUGUUAAUAAAUGUAAGUAAUGAUUCUGUAA